AUGGAUGCGCUCGACUCAGCUCUGCGCGUCUGCCAGUCGGUCGCCUUCUGCUUGCACUGCGUCAUCGGCCUCACCGAGCCGUUCCAUCACAUGCUGAAUACGCUCACGGAGGACAGCCUGCCGUACCCGUCCAUUUUCUUCCCCGUGGCUGGCCUCUGCUUGGCGACGGUUGCAGCAGCCAAUUUCUCCGACGAUGACAUCGUGGUGCUCGCCGCGCAGGCGUACAUCGUGGCGUUUCAUACCGGCGGCGCGUACACUCACAUCCGCAUCAACCACCAUCCAGCCACUGCCGUAGCGCCUGGCUUCUUUGUUGUGCUGGCGUUCAUCGUCAUCGCGCUGCGAACAAACGUUUUGAUAGCGCUGGUGGUGAUGGAGCCUUCCACGGUUCCCACGUGCCUGCCUGAGGGAACCUUCCACGGUUCCCACGUCCUUCUGAACCUGGGAACCGUGGAACGCGCUGGGGACACGAGGGGAAACGAAUCGGAAACGACCGCCGACCGGAAGUCUCGUUCGUUUUUACUGGAUGGCGACCACUCGGGCGACGCUCGCGAGGAGAGCUUGUAA